UGUCGGUCCGCGCGGGCCAGCGCCACGCCUGCCCCGAGCCUCCCGCUCGCUCCCCCGGGCCGCGGUGCAUGUUCGCCUCUUGCCACUGUGUGCGGAGAGGCAGGAGGACCAUGAAAAUGAUCCACUUUCGGAGCUCCAGCAUCAAAUCGCUCAGCCAGGAGAUGAAAUGCACCAUCCGGCUGCUGGACGACUCGGAGAUCUCCUGCCACAUCCAGAGGGAGACCAAAGGGCAGUUUCUUAUUGACCACAUCUGCAACUACUACAGCUUGCUGGAGAAGGACUAUUUUGGGAUUCGUUAUGUGGACCCAGAGAAGCAGCGGCACUGGCUUGAGCCUAAUAAGUCCAUCUCCAAGCAAAUGAAAUCUCAUCCACCAUACACCAUGUGCUUUAGAGUGAAAUUCUACCCACAUGAACCCUUGAAGAUUAAAGAAGAGCUCACAAGGUAUCUUUUGUACCUGCAGAUUAAAAGAGAUAUUUUCCACGGUCGACUGCUCUGCUCCUUUUCAGAUGCUGCCUACCUGGGUGCCUGUAUCAUUCAAGCUGAGCUCGGCGAUUAUGAUCCUGAUGAGCAUCCUGAGAAUUACAUCAGUGAGUUUGAGAUUUUCCCCAAGCAGUCACAGAAGCUGGAAAGAAAAAUAGUGGAAAUCCAUAAAAAUGAACUCAGAGGCCAGAGCCCACCAGUUGCUGAAUUUAACUUACUCCUGAAAGCUCACACUUUGGAAACCUAUGGGGUAGACCCCCACCCAUGCAAGGAUUCAACAGGCACAACAACAUUUUUAGGAUUCACUGCAGCAGGCUUUGUGGUAUUCCAGGGAAAUAAGCGAAUCCAUUUGAUAAAAUGGCCGGAUGUCUGCAAGUUGAAGUUUGAAGGGAAGACAUUUUAUGUGAUUGGCACCCAGAAGGAGAAAAAAGCCAUGUUGGCAUUCCAUACUUCGACACCAGCUGCCUGCAAACAUCUUUGGAAGUGUGGGGUGGAGAACCAGGCCUUUUAUAAGUAUGCGAAAUCCAGUCAGAUCAAGACGGUGUCAAGCAGCAAGAUAUUUUUUAAAGGAAGUAGAUUUCGAUAUAGUGGUAAAGUUGCCAAAGAGGUGGUAGAGGCCAGCUCCAAAAUCCAGAGGGAGCCUCCGGAAGUGCACAGAGCCAACAUGACUCAGAGCCGCAGUUCCUACUCCUUGAACAAACAGCUCAUCAUUAACAUGGAACCCCUGCAGCCCCUGCUGCCUUCCCCCAGUGAGCAAGAAGAGGAGCUUCCGUUGGGUGAGGGUAUUCCAUUACCCAAAGAAGACAUUUCUGCCCCUGUGAUCUCUAGCUCACCAGUGAAGGAAGCCCGGGAGUACGAAAAUCCCCCAAGUGAAGAGGAAGAGAAAAUGAGAGAAGAGCCCCUGACCAUCUCUGAACUGGCCUACAACCCAAGUGCCAGCCUGCUCCCCACCCCUGUGGAUGAUGACGAGAUUGACAUGCUCUUUGACUGUCCAUCGAGGCUGGAGUUGGAAAGAGAAGACACAGAUUCAUUUGAGGAACUGGAAGCAGAUGAACAUGCCUUUCUGAUGGCCGAAGAAGAAGAGCUGAAGGAGGCUCGCCAAGCUUUGUCGUGGAGCUAUGACAUUCUGAGCGGCCAUAUUCGGGUGAACCCACUGGUCAAGAGUUUUUCCAGGCUCCUGGUGGUGGGCCUGGGGCUGCUGCUCUUUGUAUUCCCCCUGCUCCUCCUCCUUUUGGAGUCAGGUAUUGAUCUCUCCUUCUUAUGUGAAAUCCGCCAGACGCCAGAGUUUGAGCAGUUUCACUAUGAAUACUACUGCCCUCUAAAGGAGUGGGUGGCUGGCAAAGUAAACCUCAUUCUCUACAUGCUGGGUUGCUCAUAAAAUCCGUAUCUUAUAUGACUAAGGGCUAUAUUCAAUACUAGUGAUUAGUUGUUUUUUUUUUUUUUUUAGCAAAUGCCUGGUUCUGAAGGGUCACAGGGCCAUGACCAGGUGUUCCUUACUCAUAACUGAUUACUGAAAACUAAGUUAGCUUUCCAUAAUUCACUGCAGUUAAAUAAGUUCAAGUCAAAUACAGUUAUUUUAGUUACAGGUCAGGAAGAUGGCCUUUAAAUAACCAAAAAUAUGUUUAUUUUUUAUUAUACUACAGACAUUAUCUAUUAUAUCAUAAUACAUUGAGCUGAAUUAGAUUUCCCCUUUUUUAAUAGUUAGCACCAUUAUAAGGUUCAGAACCAGAAUUUUAGUAACAACCCAAGAGAAAGUUUUUGAAUAUAAUCCUUAGUGAAAACAACAUCCUCUAACCGAUGCCUAUACAACUAA